UAUAUAUUUUGUUGAGUUGUGUUCAAACCCAGAGAAAUCUGUAAUUUCAGUCAAGGUAAGGGUCUGUUUCAUUUGAUUAGCAAUUAAUAGCAUCAUAUCCCCUUUUUGCGUACGUCAGUGUUUUUGUUGUCUGGUAGAAGCUGUCAUGAAUUGAAUUGUAUCUUGUUUUAAGCCACAUUUUUAUGAUACAUUUUUUAGACCUUGGUUUUAGAUCUUUUAAUUGGAUAAAGGAUUUCAGUCAUCAGACGUAUUAUUAGUAUUAUAUAGUAAAAUUUCAUUUUACUGUAAUAAUUACAAAAUGUUAGAGUCACCUUACAUGUUAAAAAGUGGUGUUUUCCUCACAGGCUGGUCCAUCUUCUCCACAUGUUGUCUCCAUCAGUACCACUUUGUUGCUCAACGCAUGAAGUGGACUGAAGCUCAGACCUACUGCAGAGAGACAUACACAGACCUGGUCACCAUUGAAAACACUGAAGACAUGAACCAACUCAUCAACACAGUUUCAUCUGCUGGUAAUAACAGUCAGGUCUGGAUUGGCCUGUACAGAGUCAUUGAUUGGAAGUGGUCAGAUGGGAGUGGAGCUGAAUAUAGGAACUGGGCAUCCAAUCAACCAAGUUUAGGCACUGAUAAACUCGGUGUAGUUAUUGUAAACAGUCGUCCCUCAUGGGACAUUCAUUCUUGUACACAUGAACAUUAUUUCGUCUGUUAUAAUGGAACACAGCUGGAUCCUCAAUUUGUUUUUGUGAAUCAACCAAUGAACUGGUCCAAUGCUCAGAGGUACUGCAGGGAGAACUUCACAGACCUGGCCACUGUGAGGAACAACACUGAGAACCAGGAGGUCAUGAACUUGCCAGGUACAUACUGGACAUGGAUCGGCCUGUACAGAGAUCCUGACAUUAACUGGUCUGAUGGCAGUGCCUACUCGUUCAACAGUUGGAGUGGUUCAGUUUCAGGAUCACUCAUGAAAAUGAUGUGUGGUGUGCAGGAAUCAAACCAAUGGACAUUUAAGUCCUGUGAAGAGAGAUUUCCAUUUGUCUGCUACAGCAUCCCUCCUGCACCAGUAAAGAGGUGGGUAGUUAAGCUGAGGAUGAAGGUGCAGGACUCCUCUGUGGAUCUCAAUGACCCUGCUGUGAAAGCAAACAUCCUGAAAAAGUUCCAGGACAGACUGAAGGAGCAAGGAGUGAGUGGAGUCACCCUGAAGUGGAGAGAACAGCCUGAUGGGAAAGUCUUCCACAAGGAGGGAAAAGAAGAGAAGAAGAAAAAACUUAAGUAUGGGAAAAACCGCAUGGCGGCCGACACCAAGCAGCUGCAGGCCAAAGAGGAAGAACUGAUGAAGAAGAAGCAGGAGAUCAGGAACCAUCUGACCCAUCUGAAGAAGGAGAGGAGAGACCUGCGCACUGCUGUGGAGGCUGCUGCUGGUAAAACACAUAGACUUCUGUUGAAAAACUGUGACACCAGUGACGCUGAGUCCUGCUCCCUGCUGGUCAACAGUGCCUCACUGCUCCGUCGGCAGCAGGGCGGCCAGAAGGCCUCACCAGUCCGGGGACACGUCCUCAGGAAGACCAAGAGACCUCAGAGCAGCAUCAUGAUGGAAAGGAUCUUGUUGGGUGUCCUGUAUCUCUCAGGCUGGUCCAUCUUCUCCACAUGUCAUCUCCAUCAGUACCACUUUGUUGCUCAACGCAUGAAGUGGACUGAAGCUCAGACCUACUGCAGAGAGACAUACACAGACCUGGCCACCAUUGAAAACACUGAAGACAUGAACCAACUCAUCAACACAGUUCCAUCUGCUAGUCAGGUCUGGAUUGGUCUGUACAGUAACAUUGAUUGGAAGUGGUCAGAUGGGUACAGAGGGAGUGGAGCUGAAUAUAAGAACUGGGAAAAUCUUGAUGACAAUGAGCCAGACUUUGGCGGGGGUCAGUUUUGCGUGAACAUUGGAAACAGUGGAAGAUGGUGGGAUGAUACUUGUGCAAUUGAAUAUCCAUUCAUCUGUUAUAAUGGAACACAGCUGGAUCCUCAAUUUGUUUAUAUGAGUGAAAGAAUGACCUGGUCCAAUGCUCAGAGGUACUGCAGGGAGAACUUCAUAGACCUGGCCACUGUGAGGAACAACACUGAGAACCAGCAGAUCCACAACUUGGUGCUGACGAAAGACUGGCCAUGGAUCGGCCUGUACAGAGAUCCUGACUUCUUCCUUUAUAACUGGUCUGAUGGCAGUCCCUACUCACUCACCACAUGGGUAAAGAGGCAGGUAGUUAAGCUGAGGAUGAAGGUGCAGGACUCCUCUGUGGAUCUCAAUGAUCCUGCUGUGAAAGCAAACAUCCUGAAAAAGGCAAGUCUCCAAAAUCCACCCUGA